AACAUUUAGGCUGUAGCAUGGUACCUGCUGUCCCCCAUGUGGUGGUUCCCCUAUGGGAGGUGAUGUGACGUUCAGGGGAUUUCCACACCCAAUGCCAGCCAAUCAGAGCGGGGCAGCUGCGGAAACACAAAACUGAGGCAAACUAAUCUUCAGACAUCAUACGACACAUGGCGUCAAGUCCUGUUAACAGUUUUUCACGGGUAGGUACAGACACUCGGAGCUGGUUUGUAGCCUGACGAGUCUUUAACGUAACUUUCCAACAUAGAGAGACGAUUGGACCCUGAAUAGACUACCGGAAAUAAUCCGUUUGGAAAUAAUUCAAGGACACGCCGUCAGAGUUCAUGGUCUUUAAGGACUCCUUGCAUGCGAUGAAAGACAUGGAUAUCUUCAACGGUAUCUCUGAGACGCGAGGACCGUCAGACUUUGACCUCAUUGAGGAAAUCAUCACAGAAGAGGGAGAGCGGUCGCGUGCCUCCCUCCCUAGACCUCCGGCCCCCCCUGCUGACCUCCUCUGUCAGAACCACAGGAUGCCCACCCAGAGCCCCCCACUGCCAUCCCAGCCCAUCCUGGUGGCGAGAGGCACUGCCUGUCAGCCGACCUGCACCUUCCCUCAGCCCCAGCAGCAGACGCGCACUCUUGGAGAGAUGGCUCAUUCUUCUCGGGGAGCCGCCUCUCCGACUGGUACUUCUCGGCGAGGUCGAGGCUCUAAGAGCUCCGGCUGCAUUUCCUCUCAGAGCCGCGGAGACGACAUCGAGAUGCUGGAGCGGCUUCUGAAUAAGCCCAAGCUGGUGGUGGUGGAGGAGCCCAAGGAGAGAGGCAUGAGGUUUCGCUAUGAAUGUGAGGGGCGCUCGGCCGGCAGCAUCCUGGGGGCAUCCAGCACCGAAACCAACAAGAGUCAGCCUACCAUAGAGAUUCAAGGUCCCAUUGACCACUUAAAGAGGGCCACAGUCACAGUUUCCUUGGUGACCAAAGACCCCCCACACCGGCCUCACCCCCACUGCCUUGUGGGUAAAGACUGCCCAAACGGUUCAGGAAUCUGCAGGGUCACGCUCAAUCCACACAGCAACCGACGUCACAGCUUUGCUAACCUCGGUGUCCAGUGUGUGAGGAGGAAAGAGCUGGAUAUUUCACUUGAGAAGAGAAGAAGCCAAAAUAUUGACCCCUUUCAAACUGGUCACUCAAAGGGCAUUGAAGACAUGGACAUGAAUGCUGUGCGUCUGUGUUUUGAGUGUGAGCUUGAGUGGGACGACGGCAGAAAAGACUGUCUCAGCCCAGUGCUGUCAAAUCCCGUUUAUGACAAGAAGGCCACAACUACAUCACAGCUGAAGAUUGGCCGUUUUAACCAGUACAGAGGGUCCUGCACCGGAAAGACAGAGAUCUACAUGCUCUGUGACAAAGUUCAGAAAGAUGACAUAGAGAUCAUCUUCAGGAAAGGAUCGUGGAAGGCAAGCGGGGAGUUUGCCCAGACAGACGUACAUCGGCAGAUCGCCAUCGUGUUUAAGACUCCCCCCUACCAGGACCAGGACAUCACAGAGGAAGUUGAAGUCAGUGUGGUCCUGCGUCGCCUCUCAGACCAGAUGGAGAGCGAGUCUGUUAACUUCACGUACCUGCCACACAACCCAGAUCCCUAUGAGGUGAAGCGGAAGAGGAAGAUAAAGUCAGACAUCAGCUUCAGAGAUAAACCUUGUGUGACAGAAAGUGCACCUGCUGCGGAGCAGCCUUUCCACUUCCCAGAGCCUCAAACCAUGAUGUCUCCAGACGAGAGGCCGUGCGCUGCCCAGCCUGGGUCCUCCAUUUUAGGGGCGAUGUGUUACAACGAGCCCCAGGACUCAGACAAUGGCACCGAUGAGACGGCCAUCUUUAACCAGUUGCUGGAAAUGCCGGCAUUAUUGGACAUAAUUUUCGACCCAAGCUUCUCUUUACCCCCUGGCUUUGAGCAGGGGCCCGACCCAGCGUUUGCAAACAUGGACAUGAACUCCAACCAGAACUUUAACUUGUAUGCUCAAGACUUUUCACAUUACAACUACAGCGACUUGCAGUUCAACAUGCUUGUCAAUGAGAGCCAGACUCUGCAGCCAGAGGCACAGGACAACUCCUCCAACAUGGUUCAGGUUAAGACAGAAGAGGAGCUAUGAGGACGGGAUAGUCAGGAUCAUGAAGCUCUAGGAAUAAUUAGACAUUUUGGGAAUUUCGCUUAUUUGCUUUCUUGCCAAGAAAAAAGAAAAGAAGAUCGAUACCACUCUCACGUCUCUCACCACCAGAAUGUUAUGAAUCUUCUCAUCCACCUCUCGGCAAUAAAGUGUGUUUCCUAAAAUGUUGAAUUUAUUUUCUCCUCUGGAUUUAGAGCCAAACAAGAUUAUGUUGUCCCAAAUCCAAGGCUGCUCCGGCUGCUUGCACUGUGAAAUCUGUUUGUCCUUAAACCAUAUAUAUAUGUCUGAAGACCUUGCCGGUCAAGGCUUUAGCAACCAGGAGCAGUUUAAAAUUCCUACAUA